UAUACUGGUAUACAAUAUAAUCAACUGUUUCAUUUGUUAGUAAAGGUGCAACUUGUUAAAAGAACGGUCAGGCUUUGCCAGCGGUAGGUUGAUAAAGUUCUGAUAAAAGUAAAAUUUAAACUAAUUACAAACUGUGUGAGUUUUUUCACAGGGUUGAUUGUUGUACCCCUUAACAAUUUCACAAACACUUGGUACUUAACCAAAGUUCUUUAAAUUGUGAACCGAAUAAAUUUUGUUGUCUUCAAAUUUCCAAAGUUGCACUUCCGCACUGUUUAUAUUUUUGGCGAUACGAAUACGUUUUGUCUGGACUACUCUUGCACUGGCAGGCCAGUUUGUUUCAAAGCCUUAAUUAUGUAAAAUAACUAAUGUGUGUUGUGAAAAUAAUUACAGUAAUGGAAAGUUGAUGAUGUUAUUUUUACCUUUAAUAAACGGUACUGACAUAAAAUUAUGAUUGCCGUUAACAGUAGGAGACUGGACGCUUCUGAAGAAACUUGUGACGAAGUUAAUAUGAUAGAAGAUCAAGAACCAGAUAAUAAAUCCACCAUGGAGGAGAUCGACAGUUGUGAUAUCAAAAACAAUGUUAUUGAAGUCGUCCACACUAUAAAACCGUUAACGGCAAUGGAAUACCUCUGCGGAAUAUUCAAAUUUAAACUCGUCAAUGGAGAAAUACUGUCUCCCAACAAGAUCAUGAAAAUGGUUGCUUUGUUGUUCAUAUUUGUUUACUACGCCACGUUCCUUAUCAGUUUGAAAGCACCCGCUAUGAAGAACGACACUGAUAAUAUGUUGCGACUAAUCAACGCAGUCCCUUCCAUGGUAACACUUAUUCACUACUUAGUGUCUGUUAUAAAAGCUUCAUUUGCUAGUAACUUAAAAUAUCAAAAUAUUAUAACAACACUUGCAGAACUAGAUCAAAUGAUACUAAGCAACAACUUCGGUGAUUAUUAUGGAAAAUUACGAUCUACUACAAAUAAGUAUGUGAUCUGCUUAAUCAUCACUCACAUAAUUCACGCCACAAUUUUCAUGAAGACACAAACAGUUUAUCUCAUGGAAAUGUGUAAUUGUCAUUUGUAUUUGUUUCAAAAGACCGAAUUAUUGGGUUUUUGUACGCUUAUCGCCAUGGUACGUAGCCGACUUUUGGUUUUAAACAAAUAUCUGUCUUCAUUUGUUCAAGAGCAAGAAAAGAAAAACGUUAAAGUUUUUACUGUUACCGAAAGAAUCUGUGCAACACAGGACAAGCUUAAUUUCAUAGGUCGUCCGUCAGAGAAAAAUUACAAAAUUCGAGAUUUAUCAACAAUUUACGACACCAUUGGUCAGGUCUGUGACUUAGUUAACGACGUUUUCAAUUUCAAGUUGUUCUUUACGGUCUUGUCACUGUUCAUGUAUGUAAUCGUAACUAUUUGGAUCUCAUUGUACUACUAUCGCUCAUCUGAUUAUGAUUCAAAUAAUAUGAUUAACGUUGCGUUGUGUUCUACAAGUACUAUUCUCACUUUGGCCUGUAUAUCGUUUGCUUGUGAACAAUUACUUUUAGAGCGGAAGAAGUCUAAAAUACUUAUUAAUAAGGUAAUAAUGAACUAUGGUCUGCCGAAGACCAUGAGAGUGCAGGCGAAAGCGUUCAUGGAGCUGGUGGAGUCGUGGUCGCUGCGAAUCUUCAUCUACGACAUGUUCUCGGUGGACAUCACGCUCAUGCUGAAGUUCAUAAGCGUAUCAACGACCUUUCUGAUUGUUCUUAUACAAAUUGCUAAUUUGAUUUAGUUUUCCAGAUUUCUGACAUCAAACAAAACUAUGGCUAUAGAAUGAUAUAAAAUUAGUGUAAGGAUAUUUCACUUGAAUAGUUAACUAGGGUUUCUUUAUGUCACCUUGUUGUAUUUUUAAAUGUGCCGUGGUUGUCGCAAAGUUGUAUGUGUGGAAUUAUAUAACUUACUAUUGUGAUUAAGAUUGUAGUAAUAAUGAAAUUAAUAGUAUACAUAUUGUUUGAUCAAUAAGGUUUAGAUGGUUGUUUUUCGAUGUUCGUUUUAAUUGUUAAUUAAUGGUACCUAUGUGUGUUAAGAGUGCAAACUAAUGUAUUUAAAUAAUAAAUGAUGCUAGCUAUCAUU